CGUGGGUGCCGGCGGCGGCGGCGGCGGGACGCGGGCGCGGACACCGGAGCGGCGGCCUCGGCGCUGCUGGCGGCCGAGCGCCCCGCGGAGGUGAGGGGCGGGCUGCCCGGAGGGAUCGGAGGAGGAGACAGGUCGGCAGGCGCGGAUGCAGUGGCUGCCCACGCGGCGCUGGGCAGGCAGAGCCGUGGGCGCGUGGCGGUCCGAGUGGGGCACGGCUCCGAGCAGUGGGAGUGUGCCGGUGGGUCCGUGGUCGAACUUUGUCUCCGCCGUAGCGUCGAUCUCCGCGAGCGCGAUCCGAUACCCCGGAUGCACAGGCCCUGAGGCUUCUGGAUCCUCCAAGGACCAGCUAAAAGUAUGAGAAAUCACCAAGGUCUCAUGGAGCCCACAGCACUGCCCGCCCUGAGAAGUGCUGGAAGCUGGGUUUAUCCCCAGGCCGGAGGACCUGUUUUUCCUGUUUCCUGAAGAAUUCCCUGCAUCCUGGUCCAGGCCUAUGCAUUCAUGAAUGAGAAACCUGAGCAGGCUCUGAACAUCCUGACUGUGAGAGCAGGGGCUGGUCAGAAACAGAUUGGUGGACUGCAUCUGGCCCUCAGGAUGUAGUGUGCCUGCCCCUGUUGUGAAGUUUUAAAGGGCAAUGGCCACAGGCCCGGGCCGCUGGAACAGCACCGUCAAUGACACCUGGGGUGGGGACGAGCUGGGCUACAAGUGCCGCUUCAAUGAGGACUUCAAGUACGUGCUGCUGCCUGUGUCCUACGGUGUGGUGUGUGUGCUCGGGCUGUGUCUCAACGCCGUGGCGCUCUACAUCUUCCUGUGCCGCCUCAAGACCUGGAACGCGUCCACCACGUACAUGUUCCACCUGGCCGUGUCCGAUGCGCUGUACGCAGCCUCCCUGCCGCUGCUGGUCUAUUACUACGCCCGUGGGGACCACUGGCCCUUCAGCAUAGUGCUCUGCAAGCUGGUGCGCUUCCUCUUCUACACCAACCUUUACUGCAGCAUCCUCUUCCUCACGUGCAUCAGCGUGCACCGAUGCCUGGGGGUCCUGCGCCCGCUGCGCUCGCUGCGCUGGGGCCGGGCCCGCUAUGCCCGCCGGGUGGCAGCUGCCGUGUGGGUGCUGGUGCUGGCUUGCCAGUCACCCGUGCUCUACUUCGUCACCACCAGCGCGCGUGGCGGCCGCAUUACCUGCCACGACACCUCAGCACCCGAGCUCUUCAGCCAGUUCGUGGCCUACAGCUCUGUCAUGCUGGGCCUGCUCUUCGCAGUGCCCUUUGCCAUCAUCUUGGUCUGUUACGUGCUUAUGGCUCGGCGGCUGUUGAAGCCAGCCUACGGGACCUCGGGAGGCCUGCCGCGGGCCAAGCGCAAGUCGGUGCGCACCAUUGCCGUGGUGCUGGCUGUCUUCGCCCUCUGCUUCCUGCCUUUCCAUGUCACCCGCACCCUCUACUACUCCUUCCGCUCCCUGGACCUCAGCUGCCACACCCUCAAUGCCAUCAACAUGGCUUACAAGAUCACCCGGCCGCUGGCCAGUGCCAACAGUUGCCUUGACCCCGUGCUCUACUUCCUGGCUGGGCAGAGGCUUGUGCGCUUUGCCCGAGAUGCCAAGCCACCCACAGACCCCACUGCUACUACCCCAGCUCGCCGCAGACGGGGCCUGCACAGGUUGGACAGGACUGACAUCAAGAGGACAAAAGAUGUGUCGAGCAGCAGUGAGGACUCUAGGCGGACAGAGUCCAUGGCAGCUGGUGGUGAGAACACUAAGGACAUCCGGCUGUAGGACCUGAACCCCUGGCGCCUGUGCAAGUUUAUAUUGGGGGUGGGGGGAGUGGGGAGGCUGUGGGGACUAGGAUUUCUUCCAUUGGGAUAGUCUCCCUAGAUAUGCCCCAUUAGUGACUCAUGCCUGAUGGUCAAGGGAGCCGUGACCUCAACGCUCUGUCAUUUGGCAGAAUGUUCUCUGCAGUCCAGAGAUCUUAACAGUCCCUACAACCCCAGUCACCAUUUGUAUGUGUAAGUUGGGGAAUAAGGCUUCGUGAAAGGCAAGGGUAAGGGGCCGAUGCUGCCCCUGGCCUGACUCCCACAUAAUUAGCUGUCUGUGCCCAGCAAGGUAUCUAGGCUGGAGCCCAGCCUGAUCGAGUCAAAUGGAGAAACAGACGCAGAGAAGAAAGUGACCUACCAAGGUCACAUAGUCUGGGCCUGAGCUACCUGGGAGGGGUGGAGUUUCAGGGUGAUCAGAGGACCCUGGUAAGGAGCCAGAGCUGAGCCGGAGCUUCCCAUGGAGCGGUCAAGGGCAGGUCUAGAUGCCACAGUGGACACACCUCUGAGGAGCAUCCCCAUCCCUAGAGGUGACUGUAACAUUUGGGAGCUGAUGUCAUAAACUCAUCUGGAGGCUUCCCGAGCCUGGGAGCCAGUUAGAGGCUGCAACUUCUACCGAAGGUGUUGUUGCCUGCCGUGUUGUGCUCUAUUGUGUGGUUUGAGGAUGAGGAUACAGUCUAAGAAGCUCUUACCAUCCACACUGGAGUUCUUUCUCCAACCUCUACUCUUCUGCCACCUGCCUUCCCGCUAGCUGCCUCAGUGGUAGUUUCACAUCAGGGAUCCUCUUUCCAGACCUCUUUCCAGGACAUCCCUUACUUUAGAGCCAAGUGGCUUUGGUGCCUGGCUCUGCUGAGUGCAGAUAGGAGUCAGAUGGGGUCCUGUCCUUGGGAUUCCCUAGUUUAGGGAUUAAUGGCUAUGAACAGCCAUGUGCUGGUAAAUGUGAAACCAUCUAACUGGCUUUCCAGGGGGUGAGGGGAACCCCUUAUCUGUAGCAUUGCUAAUUGCCAUGGUGCAGAUACUCUUGCCUUGGCCAAUUUCAGACCAGUAAUGUGAUGUCAGCCUCCUUGCAAAAUUCCUGAAAAUUUAACAAUUGGCUCUUGCAAGCAGGUCCAACAUGCUCCAUCGCACCACUGGAUAAUGUUGAGUGACUGGAGGUAUGGACCAGCAUGUGAGAGAGGCUUCCUGGGACACACUCCUGAACUGUAGCUUCUGAGAAAAGCAGUUUAUCGGAGAAGAACAUCCAGGUGCAGGGUACAUCCUGGGCAAAGACAUGGGGGCAGGAAAGCAGGGUAUGCAGGAAGUGGAAGUAGGCUGGGCAGCCGGUGCUCAGUCUCAAGGCAGGAAUGAGGCUGGGAGUGGGUCACCAGGCUAACAAGUCAGGGCUCCUUCCUUGCCUUUACCUGAGGUCUCCUUUGCACUGGGGCUAAGUAUGGGAGAGAUUCGCUUCUCUUCCUGUCCCAUCCUCUGCCUCCUGGGAAAAUCCUGCUAUAUGGCAUAAUAGUUGGUGCUCAGACUGGCUCAGGGUGAGGUAGAUCUUUCUCACCUGUGACAGAUUCUAGGUCCAGCCAGGACCACUGUGGAGGUUUGUGGAGCUGAGCUGGACAGGGACCAGCUCAGCCUUGGGGCAAAGCUAACAGGUCUCAUUUUUUUUUUUAAUAUUUUAUUUAUUUUUGAGAGAGCACAAGCAGGGGAAGGGCAGAGAGAGAGGGACAGAGGAUCCAAAGUAGGCUCCGUGCUGACAACAACGAGCCCAAUGUGGAGCUCGAACGCACGAACCACCAUCAUGGCCUGAGCCCAAGUCAGACACUCAACCGACUGAGCCACCCAGGAGCCCCUGACAGGUCUCAUUCUUAAUCUCAAACAUAAAGACCUACUCCCUCUCCCUCGGGGAGACCCCCUUUCCCUAUAGGCCCACUCUGCCUGAGAGAAGAUUCUUCCCUUCACUCCACAUCUUCCUGUCUCCUGUGACCUCUUCACCCUUUCCACUCUGUCAGAACGAGGCACUCCCAGGGGUUGCUCUAUUUAGAAUCUAGUUCCACACAGCUCCUUCAUGCAACAGGGACCCAUCACAAGCCAUGACCCAACCAAUUACUCUGCAUGGUGCAACGUGGGUGUCCUGUUCAAGUAAUGUGAAAUGCUCACCUCCCACAUUCUAGGUUCUAUAUUUCUGUUCAUAUAACCAGAGUCCCUAUGAGCUUUUUUGUGACUACUUCUUACAGACUGACCUUGAGCCAACCUUUCCUGCAGUCCCAAGCCUAUCUCCUUCCUACCAGCUGCUGCUGAGGCUGAACCCCAUUCUAGUUUAUAGGAAGCCCCUACCCAGGUAAGAUUACACCCAAAGGUGUAAAUGCUGGGCUCUGAUUGCCUCAGCCCUGCUUAGACCAGAGGCAGGAGGUUAUACAUCACGAUUUGGGGGCUCCCGAGUGUGCAUCUCUGGUUGGGGGUAGGGCAGUGGCCACCACAGGCUCAAGUUCCCUUAGUCCCCAUUCCUUUUGUGUCCUGCCUACCUACCCUACCAGCAGCUUCCCUGGAGACCCUGAGGACCCAGGGCCCUGCAGCACAUGGAACCAACACUACGGCAUAGCACCAGGAAGCCUUCCUUGAAUCAGCUGCCUGUACAUUUCCAAGGACAUAGGACCUAGGGGAAAGGAGGGCCAUAUUCACCUUCUAAUCCAGUGGCAGACACUGGUGGGGUGGGGAAUGGAGACCCUAAGGGAACCGGGGACAGGCCAGGGUCUUGCCCCUGGACCCCAGUCAGAUUGCCUGACCCCUCAACGUGGACGUCUGGCCCUGCUGCUAGGCCUUCACCUAGUGGGUGAGGUUCCUGGCCCUCCCGCCUUGUGCUAUUUUCAGCCCACGUAAGAACAGGAUUUUCCACUCCCAGCCCCAGACCAUUGUCCAGUAGUGACGUGGGGGGACCUGCCCACUCUCAAAAUAUCUCCUCUUACUCUCUGGGCCUCCCUGCCACCUCCCAACCACCCCACCUCCUCACCCUGACAUCACUUCCUGGGGCUGUUGACUCUUGAAGGCCACUGUGAAAGGGCACAGCCACCUGACAGGGACCCCAGGGAUUAUCCAGCCCAGCUGUAGAGUUGAGAGGGGCGGGGCCUUGCCCAAGGUCACUCAGCAGGUCAGUGUGGCGCCUGGAUGUGUGCCAGGGGCUCAGGCUGUCCCUGCUGGCCUGUUCCCUUUAGUACAGGUCGGUGCCUUUGUGGGAUUCCUGCCAUCACCCACAGUCCCCCAGCCCUUCCCACCCUGGUGGACGGAACUGGUGGAUGGAGCUGUGGCACUGAGGCCAGGGACAUAGGACAGGAGUGGGGGGCAAUAGCAAUAGGUGGGGGGAAGAGCAAUAGCAAUAGGUGGGGGGAAGAGCAAAGGCCUGCUGUCCUGCCUGCAGCAACUAUUCUCAAUGAGCUCAGUGCAUCUAGGGCAGAGGCCCUGGCACACAGCGGGUCUCUGCCAUGGCUGGCUGGUGUCUCAGGGCCCAGGAGAAGUUAGGCCACCAGAGCUACCCCUCUGCCACCACUCUUGUCACGGCAGGUUUGGGCUGCUCUGUUCUAGCACAUGAGGAUGGGAACUCCUGUAUUAACCCAUGUCCCAGGCACUGUGCCAGACCCUCUCGUAUCUAUUAUUUAUCCCUUGCCACAACUGUGUGAAAUAGACAUUAUUUAUCCCCAUUUAGCAGAUAAGGGGACAGGCUCCGAGAAGGGAGGCCUUGCUGUGGGUUAUAUAGGCAGCAAGUGAAUGAGUCAAGAUUGAGCCCAGGUCCCUCAGAUGCCCAGAUUCGUUCCUUUUCCAGUAUCCCAUACCACUUGUAACCCCUGUAGAGUGGGAGGGUCUGUAAGUAACCCUUCAUGUGACUCAAGGGAGAGAGACAAUAUAGCAACGAAGGGGUUAAGAGCACAGAUUCGAUGCCCAUGCCACCUCUGUUUGAGUGUUGUCUCCUCUUCCUCCAACUGUGGCACUUUGCUCAAAGUACUUAAUCUUGCAGGGCCUCAGUUUUCUCAUUUCCGAAAAGAGAUACUACCUGCCACGUGGGGCACUGGGUCAAUAUACAUGAACACUUAGAACAGUACCUGGCACAUGGUGAGCAUUUACAUGCCAGGCACUGUGCCAAGGUGAUACGGAGGCAAACCGGCCGGACCCUGCCCUCAUGGAGUUGACAUAAUUUAAUAUAUAACCAUACCAGGAUAAAUUAUUUGAAGGAAAGGAAUGUCCAGCCAGUGAGCAACAGUGGGCCUCCGAUGGCCAAGGCUUCACCAGGAUGUGGGAAGAGGAAAGCAGGUCUAUCCUGGGAUAAGGUGUGGGACCCCCCCUCUCCCCUGCUUGGAGCUCGUUGGCCUUCAGGCCCACGGGCCUGUGUGUGUUUACAGAACCUUAUCCCUCUGCCAGGCUGGGAGAGGGCAGCAGGGAAAAGGGGGAGGGGGAGGGACGGGGCAGGAUGCCCUUGCUGUAAAGCUUCUAGAGCCAGCUUCUAUGGACUAGAGAGCUCCAGCUCACCCAUGGCACCAGGCUUAGCCGUUUCUGCCUAACUGGUGGUGACUGUCAUGGGGUGCUGUAGCUUCUUGGUUCAACCAAGAGCCUGGAGACCCAAGGUGGCAGGACUGACUGGGAGCUAGGCCAGAACAGGCAAUGAAUAGGCAACUUUUGCUGUGUGACCGGAGGCCACCUGCCUGCCCUCUCUGGGUCACUGUCUGAAGCCCUUACCUCCCAUGUUCCAGUUCUCUCUGUCUCAGGGCACUAGCUACCUAGAUCUUCAGCAAAGGCACAACGAACAGCUGCUCCCCCAGGCAUUCCCCCAAGGGCCCUGGGCUCUCUGUUCUGAGGACUAGAGUUGGGGCAGCAAGACUCCCCUGGCAUCAAGUGACAAGAGAGGUACAGCGCCUCCCUUGGCACCCUGCAGUGGCUUGGAGUGGAGCUGGUCCAAUGUCUGAUGUCCCUGCCUCCUGUGAGGUGGACGGUGGAGUCUGACCAGGAGUAACUAAGCAGUAGGCUGAGAGAUGUGUUUGCCUUUCCAAGGGGUGUGUGCUGGUGGGAUGUGGGGGGGGGGGGGGGGGAACGAGCCCCAGAAGCCAACUUCUCAUCCUCCUCUGCCCUAUAUGCCAUGUGACUUGGUAUACAUCCCUUCUCCUCUCUGGGCCUCAGUUUCCCCAUCUGCCGUGGGGCUUGGCUCCACCCAGCCACUCUUCCUCCAGCACAGGCUUCCUGAGCUUGCCUCUGUCUUGGCUCCAGCUCAGCCAGGUGUCCAGACUCAGUCCUGUCCCAGCCAGGAACAAUGGGCCAGGCUGGGCCAGUCACUCAUGGGCCCCAAACUCAGUCCCCAAGGGCUUACCCUGGACUAUUUUCAGACCUUGGAGAUGGAAUCAGAAAAGGAUUUUCCACUCUCAGCACAAUGGCUGCCCCGGACCAUUGUCUAGCAGUGACCAGGGGAUCCAUCUGCCCAAAAAUACCUUCCCUGCUCCUACCUUCUGGGCCUCUGCCUCCUGUUCCUCACCUCCCUGCAUUGACAUGGCUUCCUGGGGCUGUUAACUCCUGAAGGCUGUUGUGAAACAGCAUGUUGAGUCCCCUGGUAGACAUGACCAGUUGGAAUCAGUUUUCCCUCCCGGCAGGGACCCCAGGGAUUAUUUAUUAGCAGAUAAGAGAUGAGAGACCGAGAGAGAGAGCUAUGCCUUUCACUAGGUCACACAGCAGUCAGCAUGGAGACUAGAUGUGAGGCCAAGGCUUUCUGUCUGCUUCUGCUGCCUCUGCUGCCCUCAUUAGCACUGGUCUGCCCCAUCUGAGAGCUCACCUUGGAAGGUCACAGGUGGACAUGCUGCAAAGAGGCCUGGGUGACAUGGGUGAGAGGGGGUGCACCUUGGAGCUCCCUAUUCAGUCCUAUUUUUACCAAACGUGGCUUUAGCUUGCCCUGAACUCAGGUUACCAAGUUGCAGCUCUGGGGAAAGAAGAAGACUGGGGGACACAGGGAAGGUGAGGCCGGAGGAGGGUUCUGGCCCAGCUUGGCCUUCACCAGCUCUGUGACCACAAAUUCAAUUUCUCCAUCUGUAAAAUGGAACUGAUAAUAUUUCUUUUCCCAGAGUACUGAAUAGUGAGGCACAAACACACAACUAUUUUAUUUUCUUCCUAUCAGUACUGCCUACUCAAUGAUGUCUAAUUUCCCUUUCCCAUCCAUAAACUGCAUUUUUGGCAAACUCCAAAACUUUGAGUCACUUUUGAGUAACAAAGUUCAUUCCAGCUUAAGGUUCUAAUCCCUACUUAAAUUAAUGCUCACUCCUCUUCUUCCCCAGUGCUGGGAGGACCCUCCUCACCCCUCCUUUGGGUCCCUCUCUCCUCCAGGUGUUGGGCAAGGUAAGGAGGAAAGGGACCAGUAUAUCCUCCCCAGGACUGCCACAGUUCUUUCUUGCCAUCCUGGCUUCUCUGGCCAUCAGUGCCCCUGCGCAUGGAGCCCUCCAAACACCAGCCCACACACCUUUGUAAAAGAGUCUCUUCAUUCGCCCACUCUGAGUGUGCCCCGUCUUUCCUGCCGAGACUGUAACUCAUACACCCUAGUUUCCUUGAGUGACUUUCCUAAAGCACCCCUCACCUGGCUUGGUUGAGAACUCACAACAGCAGAAAUGUUUUCAAGUUCAUGGAGCCCAGUGUUCAGCUUAUAGAAUCAGCAUGGAGGGGGGGUGGGUAGAGGGUUAGGUUAAUAAACUCUGAGAAGGUGUCUGACCCCAAUUGUUUUCAGGUUUCUUUCGAAAGUCAGGCAUUUUACCCCUCUGUAUCCUUAGAUUUAUGUCCUAGAGCCAAAUUCCAAAUCAGCAGCCACAUGAAAAGUCCCACCUCAUUGUGGGAUUAACUGUUAGACCAGCCUUUGUGACCAAAGCAAUUGCAAAAUGUGGGGGAGGAAAGUCAAAGCCUAUUGCAUGGGUCACCACACAGCCUGUGCUAAUGUGUAUGUGUGUGCGUUUAUGCCUGUGUUGAGUUGUCGCAUCUGUGUUUGAGGUAGGGCUGAGGUGGGAAGGGCAGUACCAUAGACACCAAGAAGAUACCUGGAGACAGAAGGGCUUUGGGUUGGUGGCCACUCCGGAGGAAGUAGAGGGAGGAGGAGGGGCUACCAGGAGGUCAAACUAAUGGACGUAUACAGGCUUGGGGAUGGCCCGAAGAGAUGGGGAGUGGGGAGAGGAUCCAGCUGCUAGCUCUCUGAACCCCUUCACUUCCCUCAUUCCCCAUUCUUCUUUCUUUCCUCAGCUCCCCUCCCUCCAUACUCCCCAUUUUCCUCCUCCUUUUGCUCCCUGUUCCCAGAAUUCCUGCUAACAGAGAGAAGCAAAUGGGGCAGGACAGAGCAACAGACUCAUUCCUUCAUUCUUGAGCACUGGCUCACCUCCCUUCUCCGCCACUGUGCUUAGGAUUCUGUAGGUCCCCAGUUUGUGGAUGCUGCUCUGCUGCCCCCUGGUGGCCAGAGCUGGCUGCAGAGGCAGGAAUGGGGGCUGAGGUCGGGACCUUCACCUGUGGAGGAGAAGAAAAUGAUCCUGCUGGCAGCCAGGAUGUUGGAGAGUGCAAGGUGGGGGGUAGGACUGAGAAUUUAAACAGGGAACACAGUUUACAAAACACCCUGACUUGCAAAACAGGUAACAGUGCUUGUUCAAUCCGUGAUGUUUAUCUCAUCCUAUCUAAACUCACACUUAUAAACACCUAUGGACUGAGACUCACAAGUUCCCAGAGAAAACCACAGACAAAUUGAUCUAAUAGUAACACUCCUUGAGGACUCCUGUAUUCUCAGCACAGGAUUGCUGACUGUUCCAGUAACUCCCUGCUCUGCAAAUUCAAUCUCUGCCACAGAACUAUCCUUUGAACUCCAGCCCCCCACAAUCCCAUGAGCACUCUUCUUUAACUGCCCCCCUUUGGAGACACCCCAGGGAUCCCCCAGUGUGAAGCCUUUGCUGCAGCAAAUAAUAAGCCCAUCCUUGUUGGCUACAGGUGUGUUUCUGGUGGCGCAGGCUGACCAGCACUGACCAGAGGUUCCUGGGUGAAAGAGUGAGAGCGGGUGACAUUUCAGCUCUCCAUUCCAGCCUAUCCACUCCCAUAGACUCUCAGGGACUGUCCCAUCUACAGCCCUACAGCCCCUAGCUGACCCAUCAUGGUGCACCCUGGCACCAGGACAAAGUGCCGGACCGUGGGAGUUUUAUUCCCUCUGAGGAAGCUCACUGUGUGCAGCUGUUGGCUUUUGUAAAGGCAAGACUGAGGGGCAGACACAGCUGCUCCUUCAGGGAUGCUGACUUGGCCCGCUCUGGUUCUACCAGGAUUGGGGGGGGGGGGCACCUGAGGGUAGUGCUAUGAUGUCCUCUGGCCUUGAGUGUCCCUUUGACCUCCUGCUUACCUUCAAGGCCCCAGGUGGGGUUCCCCACCUUCACUGGCUGUCAGGAAGACCCCCAAGCUCUGGAUCUGAGGAUACAACUGAGUGUUUGGGAGAGGGGCUAGAGGCUCUCUUAAGGGGCAUGCAGAUCUGGGGCUGGACUCCAGGCCCUGAGGACCAGCCCCUCCUUCCAGUCUGGGAGCUCUUGUGAAGGGAAGCCAGAAUCUUCUCCCCUCUCUAAGGGUGGAAACUCUGAAAAGAUCUGCAUCUGCCCCUCCAAGAGUCCCCUCUGCACCUCCCUAACACCCUGACAUCAUUUGCACUCUCUCUCCCACCUCCAGGGACAGGGAGUUCACUCUUUCCUAGGCAUCCCCUUCCCCUUUGGGAGAGUCCUCCUCACAGGAGCCCUGUCUCCCAGCUUGGCCUAAGGGUAACACAGCAUAUUUGCCCUCCGCCCAGGGCAGCCAUUGGAAGGGUAUGACCAAGACUCUGACUUGGCCCUUCUCCAAGCUGGUGCCCCCAGCCCCCUGCCCUGCCCCAUUCCAAUGCCUCCACUCCACCAGAGACUGUGAUGCCCCUAGAAAUCCUUGCCUCCUCGAAUGGUAGCCUCUAAGACUAGACUCCAUCCCCCUGGGAGGUAUAACCCAGCUCAGCUGGUCCUCUGGGAGCUUUCAUCCUAGUAGGAAAAGACAGAGGUCUUUGUCUAUUUUGGUCACUAAUUUAUCUCCCAUGCUGAGAAUAGUGCCUGGCACAUAGUAGGUACACAACAUUUACCUGAAAUAAUGAAUAAAAUAAAUGAAUGACUGAGGUCCACAGUGAGGUAUAAGUGAGAUAAAUUGUGUAGACUGUUUUGCAAAAUAUCUAGUACUAGUGGGUACUCAUUAUAGGUAAUUCCUUUCCUUUGCAAAACAAGUCAAAUUAAUUAUUUCAUGUAAGUUUCACAAUGGCUCUUUGAGGCAAGAACAUUAUUAUUGAUUCAUUCAUCCAUUUAUCCAACAAAUAUUUACCAAGAGCCUACUAUAUCCCAGGUACUGUUGUUGUACGUACUUGGAAAUCAUCAGUGAAUAAAAAGCAAAGACCCUUCCCCUGUUUUACAUCUAGGGGGUGACGAGAGACAAAAAGUAACAGACAUAAUGAAAUGUAAAUUCCAUGGUGUGUUAGAAGGUGAUGGGUGCUGUGGGGAAAACAGCAGAGCAGGAAGAGGGAUUGAGAGGUCAGGCUGGUAGAGGGGGAAGGGGUGGGAGGGGUGUGAUUUUAAAUAGAGUGGUCAGGUGAAGACUCAAGAGGGGCCCAAGAGAGGGCAUUUGAGCAAGCUUGAAGGAGGGGUGGGAGUUAGCUAAGGGACUCUCUGGGGGGAGAGGUUUCCAGAUAGAGGGGACCGUAAACACAUGGUCCCACUGCCCGUGUAAGGAGUCCGUGGCUGGAGUGGAGGCAGGAGGAGUUGGGGCCAGAGAUGGGGGGAAUCUGGUAGGACAUGGAAUGAGGUGGGAAGCCACAACAGAGACACAAUCUGACAUAUUUUAGAGGGAUCUGGCUGCUGUGUUGUGAAUAAACCGUAGUGGGGGCAAGGAUAGGACAGCAAGAACAGGAAGGAGCUAAUUCAGGAAGCCAGGAGAGAGAGCAUAGGGAUUGGGAUCAGGUGGUAGCAAUGGAGGUGGCGAGAAAUGGACCAAUGCCAGGUGUAUUUUGAAGGAAGAGCCAAUAGGAUUCCUGCCAGGUUUGACAGGCAGUGAAACUGCAAUCCAGAGGAGGUCUAGCCAGGUGGCACACACCCACAGGUCACUGAGUAGAGCAGAGGAUGGGGGUAGAGGUGGCAGGAAGGUCCCUGGGGCUAGGGCGGUGUCUGGGGGGAGGAGAGGGCAGGAUGGGAAGAAGGAUUCUGUUGCAGCAAGUCACAAACCAGCCCCAGGCAGCUGGGCGUUAAUUUGAUCAAUGGCUUUUUCCUCUUCCCCUCAAUUCCCCUAUGAUGACCUUUUAAUUGGGUCCAUUUGUGCCAAGACCACGAACUGAGCAGAUGCCAGAGUAUUUGCCUAUUAUUAAAUAGAUUAGGAAAUGGCCCUAGGCUUUCGGCUGCCGGAAAAGUCAGAGCAACUGCGUGGCUUCUCUGAGGAGUAACCACAGGCCCUCCUUUCACUGCAGAGCCCAGGCCAGGCAUCUUGUCUUCAUCCGUGCUGCCCCUCUGUCUGCAGUAUCCUUGCCCCUGCAUGGCUCACCUGCUAACUGUCACCUCCUCCUUCAAGGCUCACUUCAAAACCCCCUCCUCAGGAAGCCUUGCUGAUCACCAUCCCUGCCCUCGGCCUCCUCUCCCUGGGCGGAAAACUCUCACAUGUGUGGUGAAGGAUCCCUCAAUGGAGGGCCUGCCUCUAACAUGAGACAUGGUCCAAGCUGGGAUUUUUAGGGAAGAGGGAUUUAAAGAGCAUUUAAAUCACAACCUCACUUAAGUAAAAAAAAAAAAAAAUACCACUUUUCAAUUUCCCCCUAGUUCCUCCCCACAGAGAAGCUGGAGUCAGAAGGGGUGGGAUGCAGGGAGGGGAGGAGAGAAGUGUGAAAUUCAUAUCUUGUGUGGAAAGGAACCCUCUUGCACUGUUGGUGUGAAUGCACCCUGGUACAACCAUUCUGGGAAACAGUAGGGAGGCUCCUCAAAAA